AUGACAGGUAUCGAACGACCUCUACAGCUGACACUUCAACGUCAACUUUAUUUUGUCGUCCAAUAUCCGACCAAUGUUAGUGAAGUGAUGGCGAUACACCAGCACAAUAAAGACGACGACAGAAUAGAGAAAGAGAGCCUACAGAAAAUCUUAUCGCCGCCGAACCAACCAACAAAGCCGCAUCAAGACCUACAAAAACAAGACAUG